CUGCGGAGGCGCGAAAGCAGACGUUGGCUCUGGCCCCGCGAUCUUGAUUGUCAUCAGUUCACCGGCAAACUCUCGCCUAUCCGCAAAGUGAAAGCAAUGUGAAGAGGGCUUAAGCCUGCAAAUCUCCCUAUAGGAAUGCGUCCAUUUCUUCGCAAAACCCAUUUGAUGACACGCUUGUUUUUCACCCACCACUCAUUCUCCAACUCAACACUCAUAAUUCCUCAAUCUUCUCGCUCUUUCCAAAUCCCUCUCUUCAAUAUCCCACACGGUGUUUUUCGGCCGAAUUCAAGCUCUGGGAUUCGUUGGUUUUCCUCGAAGUCUCGUGUUGAAGCUAUGCAGAAUCUGGAGGCCAUUUCGUAUCUGUCGCAGAGGGAAGCAGCUGAGGUCGAUGAGAUUCUUAUGGGAUCUCUCGGGUUCAGCGUCGAUCAAUUGAUGGAGCUGGCUGGAUUGAGUGUAGCCACUUCAGUAGCAGAGGUUUACAAAGCCAGUGAGUAUAAGCGUGUUCUUGUUAUCUGUGGUCCUGGAAACAAUGGUGGAGAUGGUCUCGUGGCUGCUCGUCAUCUGUUUCACUUUGGAUACAAGCCAUCUAUUUGUUAUCCAAAGAGGACUGCAAAGCCUCUUUAUACUGGUUUGGUUACUCAGCUGGAAUCACUGUCAGUUCCUUUCUUGACAGUGGACGACUUGCCUUUGGAUUUGUCAAAGGAUUUUGACAUUAUAAUUGAUGCAAUCUUUGGUUUCUCUUUCCAUGGUGCUCCAAGGCCACCAUUUGAUGAUUUGAUCCAAAGGCUUACCUCUUUAAAUGAUUACAAGGAAGCAAAUCAAAGAAGUCCUGCUAUUGUUUCUGUAGAUAUUCCAUCUGGAUGGCAUGUUGAAGAAGGGGAUAUUAGUGAUAGCAGCUUUAAACCUGAUAUGUUGGUUUCUCUGACUGCCCCAAAGCUAUGUGCAAAGAAAUUCAAUGGUCCACAUCACUUUUUAGGCGGCAGAUUUGUGCCACCAUCUAUUGUGAACAAAUAUAACCUUCAUCUUCCUCCUUAUCCUGGCACUGCAAUGUGUGUUCGAAUAGGAAAGCCUCCACAAGUUGAUAUUGCUGCUCUUAGAGAAAACUAUAUUUCUCCAGAAUUUCUUGAAGAAAAUGUAGAUGCUGAUCCUAUUCGUCAGUUCCGCAAAUGGUUUGACGAUGCAGUUGCUGCUAAUUUAAGGGAACCUAAUGCAAUGUCUUUGUCCACAGCUACAAGUGAUGGAAAACCAUCAUCUCGCAUGGUUUUGCUAAAAGGAGUUGAUGAAGAUGGUUUUGUCUGGUACACAAAUUAUGAAAGUCGGAAAGCACAUGAUCUAGCUGAAAAUCCUCGUGCUUCACUUCUUUUCUUCUGGGAAGGUCUCAAUAGGCAGGUAAGAGUGGAAGGAUCUGUACAGAAAGUUUCUGAAGAGGAAUCUGAGCAGUAUUUCCACAGCCGUCCUCAAGGAAGCCAGCUCGGUGCAAUAGCGAGCCCACAGAGUUCUGUAGUUCCUGGAAGACAUUUUCUCAUCAAUAAGUACAAGGAACUAGAAGAUACAUUCUCGAAUGGAAGUUUGAUUCCGAAACCAAAACACUGGGGAGGAUACAGGCUUAAACCAGAACUUUUUGAGUUUUGGCAGGGGCAGCCAUCUCGGUUACACGACAGGUUAUUUUCAUCCCUCUAAGGGCAGGUUGCAAUAUUCCCCUUGCGAUAUAGAUGGAAAAAAAGCUUGGAAAGUAGAACGGUUGGCUCCUUGAUGGCUCCUCCAUCAUUCACGUACCUUGUUCUUUCCUUUUACAUAUCAUGCUUCUUUUUAUUUUUCCCUCUUUUAUGUUUAAUGUCAAGGUUGCUAUCUAACAUUCUACUGUUGCAUGAUUUAAUGAAUAAUUGCAAACGUUACGGCUGCCAUCAAAAUAUAUCUAUGCGACAUGUUCAUGCAA